AUGGUCAAAGUCGUUGUUGCCGGAGGCUCUGGGAACGUUGCUCGUGAGCCGGUUGACGAACUUGCAAUCGACGGUGUCAAAUGUGUGCAAGUCGAUUACUUGCACAAAACUUCUCUGGUCGAUGCACUCCGAGGAACUGAUGUGGUUCUUUGCUUCUUUGCGUCAACCGACCAGAGCGGUGUCGUUCAGAAGCAAAAGGUCCUCAUUGAUGCCUGUAUUGAAGCAGGCGUCAGACGAUUCGCACCAUCUGAGUGGGCAAGCGGUGAUAACGAGGGCAUCCCUCAUUACGCCUUCAAAAGUGAAAUCCGCAAAUAUCUGAACGAUAUCAACCGCAACCAGAAGGUUCUAGAGUAUACACUCUUCCAGCCCGGUCUCUUCACCAAUUACUUUGGGUUUCCACACGCAACUACAAAGCAUUUCUCCAUGAGCCAAUGGUUUGUUGAUUUUGAGAACCGGCGAGCUAUUACUGUUGGCAACGGAGACUUCCCACUCGUUCUCUCCACAGUCCAAGAUAUGGCGGGUGUCGUGGCCGAAGCGCUUGACUAUGAGGGUGAAUGGCCGGUCGAUGGAGGUAUCUGCGGAUCUCGCUUAACCCUGGCCGAGCUAAUCGAAUUGGGUAAAACACUGAGAGGGAAUAUGGAUGUGGAGAGUGUCUCUUUGGAUGAUCUUAGAGCCGGUCAGCUUAAGACAUCCUGGUGCCCGAUUAUCGACCAUCCUGGGAUCCCGGACGAACACAGAGAGGCGGUAUCCAGAACGGUGAUGAUCUCAUACUUGAAAUCUGUGGCUGAAAGGGCCUGGAACGUGUCAGACGAGUGGAACAAACGGCUACCCAGCUACCGGCUCACCAGUGUGGAGGAGUACUUGACAAAGAUCUGGGAGAAUAAAGUAUAG